AUGGAGACCAGUGUUCGAGCCGUGGCUACUCACGUUGCAGUGGCUGUGGAUGAGAAGGCGGGUUUAAUCGGGACCGCACCUGUGCGGUUUUCGUUCCACGCUAAACACAUCUUCUUCGAUGGUCUUGGUCUUCGCCAGUUCAUCAGUGACAUUUUUUGCCUUCUGGGCAAGGAGCUUUCGGGCGGGGCAUCGUUAGUCGCCCCGAGUUGUAGGGCAGUUCCUCCUCCACCGGUCCUUCUAGACUCGUUGGCCGCCGAUCAAACGAUAUCCGGUCCAUCCUUUGAAGCGCGUCGAGCAACCUAUAUCAAGGCGUUGCUGGAAGGGAAGCGAAACUGGGGUCUCCAGCCCAACAUUACCUCCCAAGACGACAAGCCCCAGAGCAUCCGACACACUCUCUCAGCCGACCAAAGCAAGGCCAACAUUGCCAAUCUGAAAACGACCCUCUGGGCUGAAUACAGUAUAAUCCACCUCGCACACGUCGCUGUAUUCGCCACCGUGCUGGAGCUCCACCCUCCAGGACCUGAUGAGCCAGACUCACAGGCCCAUCUCCCCGCGUCGCCCGUCAACAGUCGACGCUUCCUAACCGCAGAAUUCGCAACAGGGAGAAAGUCGUUUGAUACUAAAAACUCUUCUGAUAAGAACUUGUGCUAUUGUUAA